UCCAGCACCCCAGAUGCGGCAUCUCCCUCCCAAGGUCGUGAAUGCCACAGAUUCCCAGCGCGCCCAUCCCCUACUCCCCAAGCAAGCAGCCAGCGAGGCAAUUAACGUGACCAGUCUCCAGAGAACGCCCCCCCAUGGCGUCGGCAGCAGCCGCCGUGCAGACCUUCGUGCUGAGGGUUUCCAUCCACUGCCAUGGCUGCAAGAAGAAGGUCCGCAAGGUGCUCAGAAACAUCGAAGGCGUGCACGACGUGAAGGUGGACGCCGCAGCACACAAGGUGAUAGUGACGGGCACCGUGGACGCGGAGACGCUCGUCAAGAAGCUGCAGAAGUCCGGCAAGCAGGCGCUGCCGUGGCAGUACCCGCCCGCGGCGCCCGCCAAGAGCCCCGAGGAGGCAGCCCCGCCGGCGGCCGAGGAGGCUCCUCCGGCCGUGGACGGCGGCAAGAAUAACGAUGCCGCUGCUGCUUCUGCUGAGGAUGAUGGUAAGAAGCCGGAGGAGCCUGCAAAGGAGGCGCAGAGCGAUGGCUCGGAGAAGAAGCCGGAGCAGGAGGCGGCAGCAGCAGCCGAGGAGAAGAAGGCUGAUGGUGAUGCAGAGAAGGAAACAGAGCCGGAGAAGAAGGCAGAGACAGAGGAGGCCAAGCCAAGCGAGGAGGCUCAGAAGGAAGGCGGGAAGAGCGAGGCGGCCGAGCCUGUAAAAGAGGCUGCCAAUGACGAGGCAACGGAGAAGAAGAGCAAACCCAAGGAAACAGCCGCUGCGGCGGCGACGGUGGAUAGGUCCCUGCAGUCGUUUCCUCCCCCGGUGCCGAUGCAGGGGCGGUACGAGGGGUACAACAGCCCGCCGCAGUACUACGCGCCGCAGCCGGUGAUGAGCUACAACAUGGCGCAGCCGAGAGCCAGCCAGUCCCACUACGCACCGCUGCCGGAGCAGGGCUACUCCAUGCACCAGCAGCCGCCACCGGCGCCGUACUCCUCCUCUUCCUCCAUGCAGCAGCACGCGUACUCGCAGCAGCCGCAGCCAAUGCAGCAGUGGUCGCCGUCGUACCUCUACAUGCCGUACCCGCACGCGUCGCCCGAGUCCUACUACCACGACUACUACAGCCCGCCCGGGACGCACGCGCCGCCGCCGAUGCAGGACUCGUACCGCAUCUUCGACGACGAGAACCCAAACUCCUGCAGCGUCAUGUGAUCUCAUGGCGCGGGGCUCCGGCAGGGAAGUAGCUGAGGAGGCGGCUUUCGUAACAGAGACCUCUCUGGUUGUAGGUAGAGUAGCUUGUUACUCUCUUCGAUUGGGAGGUCAAAGCUCUCCCUGACCAAUCCUUUCUUUUCUUCUUCUCUUCUUCUUUUAUCAUUACUAUUCUAAAAAUAGAGCAAUGUAAUUGUCAUGAGAUACGCCUUUACAUGUAGCUUCAAUGAGAUCUUCCAUGCUAGCAUUUUAUAUA